GGGCAGUCGACGAGUGGUGACCUGCCACAGUUGUUCUUCACACUCGCUCACUGCGCCCCUUCCUCUUCUUUCAGUUUUUGGAGAAGUGUUCGAGUGACGACGUUACAUAAACCUUCAAUGAUGAAGUACAUGAACAGACCGACGUUUAAGCGGAAUUAUUACGGCCAGUGAUUACAAAGUAAUCUAAAAUGUCGUAAUGAAACACAUAGGCCUAUACAAAUAGGGAUAUGAUUACGGUUGAGGUAAUUGCGUAAGAAGGAUAUGACGAAGUUUUGAUCGAUGAAGUAAUUACAGCAGGAAUAUUUCCGUUGGGAAUGACAAAACGCGAUGCCAUGAAAGGAUUGAAAUUGAAUCAUUAAAUAGAUUGCUAGGCUAAUUGGAAUAUGAUUAUGAAAUAAGAUCUAGGAAAAGGAAAAAGAUUAAUAUUAAUUCUUUAUUGGUUGAAGAUAGAUACAUAGACCGAUAUUGCCAAUAACGAAAUAUGAAAGAUCUUGGAAAAAGGUGAAUAUUUUUAAGGUUAUGUGUUCAGUGAGGCGUUUUAUUUUUAAUUUAAAAAUAGUACUAAACGUUAUUUGCUUGCAAGCGUCUUAAGGGAGUGACGGCGUGAUCUUAACAAUAGGUCGCACUUGUGCGUCAUGGGCGUUUGUCGGCUUGUUGGCGGAGGAGGAGGGCGGCUGGAUGCACCACUACUGAGGGCUGGAAAAGAGAAAGACGAGGAGCUAAGGACCCCUUCGGCGGAUGGCCCAAAGGGCGGUCCUUCCAGGUACUGACAAUUCUCAUGACCCGCCACUUUCGCUAUCCGGCCCCCCUGGCCACCACACUUCUGCUGGUGGUGAUGGUGGGUGUUGCCUCCGGAGUGGCCAAGCCAGCUCCUUCGUCAGGAAGAAAAGGGCCACCAGGACCUGGGCAGACGGAUUUUCCGCACUCGGCUUCCUCGACGGAAAACGAAACAGACGAUUACUAUUACUACGACUAUGAUUACGGGAACGAGGCCAGCAGCUCGGUGGCUCUCAAUCUGAGCAAGUACCUUCUUCCGGAGGAAGAGGAAGAUUCUGGGGCUCCCCACGUGCCCAGGUACAUGUUGGAACUUUACGAGGACCAGAUGUCCCAGAAACCUUCUCUUCGACGUCAUUCCGAACAUGACCUUAUCCGUAGCUUCAUUGCUUCCAGCACAGAGGGUCCAGGUCACGCCAAAAAGCCAGAGUCUGGAGGAGAUGGGAGAGAGCCCGUCCGAACUCACUCCCUGACCUUCAACGUGACCGUCCCCAGAAGGGAAAAAAUCACGUCUGCAACUCUGAGACUUUAUGCGCUCAUCACCAGGGAUCAGUAUACAUAUAUCGGAGUAGAAAGAAGAGUCCGAAUCGUAAUGAACGUCCCCAGUUCUGCAGCUGACGAAGGCGGCGACGAGGACGCCUCACAGGUCACCGUGUGCCAGCGGGACGUCUACGAAGUCCAGAACACGUGGGAAACUUUUGAUGUCACGAACGCCGUCAAACACUGGCUCGAACAUCCGUCGGAGUCUCAAGUCUUACAGAUCCACAUCGAAUCAGUCUUCUCGACUGCCGGUGAGGGAGGCGACCUGGACGUGGUAACUGCUCCGAAGACGGACAGCGAGCCCCUUCUCCUCGUCUAUUCCAAAGGGACGCACAGCCUGAACAAGAGGGAGCUUAAACAGAUGAUUGCGCACGAGUACGACGACGAAGAGCAUCAUCACUCUCAGAAGAGGAGAAGAAGACGAUCAUCAGACACAAAUGCUGAACAGUCACUGAAAACAUCGCGACCCAAGAGGAGCGUCGCAGAAGAGCUAGAAGAGGAGAGCAAUAUGAUCUUCGAUGGGGACACAAUGUUCCCAGAACUUCCAAGCUACGCCUUAACGUCGCUCGAGGGUCGUAAACGACCCACCGGUCGCAAACGCCGCAAUAAAAAUUCCUGUAAAAGAAAACCACUGAAGGUCGAUUUCAAAGACAUAGGCUGGGACAAGUGGAUCAUUGCCCCGCCGUCAUACGAGGCUUAUCAGUGCAGUGGGAAAUGUUUCUAUCCUUUGGCGUCCCACCUGAGCCCCACGAAACACGCCGUGGUGCAGAACCUCGUCCAUUCCUUGCAUCCAGACAGAGCGUCCAGGGCCUGUUGCGUCCCGACAAAACUCGGUCCCAUUUCCCUACUCUACGUGGACAACGGAACUCCGACCUAUGAAUACAGCUACAACGACAUGGUUGUGCUCGAGUGCGGCUGUAGAUAGUAUGGGCCAUAUUCUAUUCCAGGUGGCCUCCAUGCAGUGCAAUCUUUUUCCAAGAUGGCCAAAUGAAAUUGUGAGAUGAUAUGACAAGGCAUUUUCUGGUGUCUUCAAGAUGACCCUAAAAUGACAUCGGCUUCAAGAUGGCCCAAAUCAGUGAACUUUUCAGUGUUUGUUUCGGGAUGAGAAGAAAAGACCUGGUUUUUAGUGAGGUCUCCUAUUAGUCAUGUGGUCUUCUACCAUCAAACUGAACUUUAUGUUUAAGCCAUGCACUCUUAGGAAUAAAGCGUUUAGUGAUGUAAAGUGACUUCGGUAGACAGAGACUGAUGAUAUAUUGUAAGUGUUUUUGUGCUAAAAAAGUCGACAUUAUUGUUAGAGGCGUCGACAGAAGCUUUAAAGCGAAGAAUUUAGGGUAUUUUAUGGCUUGUGCUUUUUUCUGUGGCGUCUGGAGUGACUGACGGGUUGGUUGUUUUCGAUGACACACUCGGUAGAAGGUGUCACAAACAUGAAUGUUAAAAUGCAGACAAUCCUAUUUUUCAAAGAGUUCUUAAAAUCACUCCCGGUGUGAUAUAUAUGAAAUAAUGAGAAUUAAGGAGAAUCGUGAGCGCUAUGUAGUAGAGAUGCACAAAAUGUUUGUACAAAUCCUGAACAGACUGGCUGGAUAUAGUCUAGGUGCCAAAGCCUGAACCUUGUUGCAAGGUCUGCCCAAUGUUUUUUGAAUGAUUGCCCCUAUUUAGAAGGUGUUGACUUCAGAUCUGAAUGAUGCCACACUGGCAUCCUUGAUGGUUUUGAGAUAUUCAAGAUGGCCGCCAAUAUGGAUACUGCAAUAUGUAAAUAUUGGUCUUAUGAUCAUUAAUUUGAUAAAUUAUUAUUAUUAGAGGUAUAUUCUGUUAGGAUUCACAAAGAAACGAAUAACUUAUGCCAGAAUGUUUAUAUUCAAUAUGAAAUAUCUCAUUUUAUCAGUGUAAUUGCUUCAAAAUGACCAAUAAUAAGUUUUCCACAUGUUAUUAAUCAAAGAAUUAAUUUCAGGCAAAAUUCAAGUAAUUCUUAAACCCACAAAGAUAAAUCAUAAUUACCAGACAUUUGAGCAGAGAAUCAAAAUACAAAACAAUGAAAACAAACAAAAAUUAUCUUUUGCUUUGAAAAAGUUUAAUAUGUGCACUAUGCAGGAGGAUAUACUAGUCUUCAAUUUCCUCUAUAUUCUCUUCAUUGAGAUCACUGUCUUCGUCAUAACUCAUGUCACGUCUUGUCCAAAGAUUAUAGCAGCCCCCACAUACACCGCAAGCACAAAAGAAUGUACAAGACAGCUGACUACUCCUGCAACCACACCUUCGAGAUUUGCAUGACUCAUUACCAGAGCAUCCACAUCGAAUCAUCUGCAGAAUCUCAUCUGGAGCUGAUUUGGUAAUUGGAGGAGUUGUUACAGUGAAAAGGGACCUUGAAUGCUUCUCUUUUUUCCAGCCGUAUAAUGUAGGGUAAAGGUUUGGAGGAUCUGGCUCCUUGAAGGUGAGCACGCUUCACAUUUUUUAUGAAUGCCUCAGUGGUUGGUGGCAAGGACCUCAGUACUUGCAUCCUAGUGACCUUUCUGUUACCUGGUUUUGCCAACUACACCUGAUAACGAGCCUCUGACAGUGUUUUCAUGGCAACAAUAGCACGUGACAAGAAACUUGCUGGCUUCAUCAACAAUAGCACAAAAGUCACUUUGUUCAUCUCCUAAUUUUUUCAGUAUACAUCCCUUUCUCAGGAUCUUGAUAGUGUAGUCUUUCUAGGGUCCCACAUGUAAGCUGUCGUGUUGCAUCCUGUGAGUGUGAUGGCCUAACAAAUCUUCAAUUAUGUCCUGAUGUUUGAUCACUGUGUCAGAAAUGCUGCAGACUGAUCUCUUGGCAAUUGUCCCUUCCAUCACAACAGGAAUGUUAAUGUUGUUACUAUAGUACUGGUGUGCAAGAAGGAGAAACACAUCAGUGUCGUCACAGAAAUUUUGAUUGAACACCCUUCUUCUCUUGCAAGAUGAAUCAUCUGUUGUAUACAAUGAUAACUUCUGCCUCUUCAUGUUACCUCCUGUAAGGACUAGAUUGUGUUGGAAGCUUCAUGAAAUGAUGGUAAAGACGAUAUCCUUGAUGGCAAUUGCUGGUAAAUAAGUUCAAUCAGUUGCUUCUUGUUGUAUGUAACAUUGAGGAUAACACUCUGUUUUGAUAAGGGGAUACCUAGCCUCAGUUGGUACUGUCUGGUAACGCCUUCUGCGCAUCCACUCCUUGUUCCAUCUUUAGUAUUGUAAUCAUAGUACCGGUCAAAAACUAAAUACGCGCCAUUCUCACUGAGCUUGCUCAUGCUGUAGUCAACAAAGCUAUCAAUGUAGUCAUGAACUACCCACAGUAUUGCACAUCCAUAAGGCCACUGUCAUCAAACAUUGAUGUUGGCACUGGGGCAAGUUCAUGGUUAAAUACAUGCUUCAAAUCAAUGUCUCUCGUUGCCAAAAUACCCAUUAAUCUGGAGUAUAUCAGAGCAGUAUCAAAUGUGGACGAUAUACCAAUAAUAACGCUCUUUUUAAUGACAGACAAUGUUUUAACUCUGCUUCGAAUCGGAUUAUGGAGCGCUGCCGGCCAUGAUUCAUGAAAUUCUACCAUCUGUUCAUUUCCGAUGGUAAUUGUUUCGUCAACAUUCACUUGGCCAUAUUUCACAACCCCAGAAGCUAUGUUGACAAGGCCAUCUUGAUGUUCAUCUGGACUCAAAGGAUCAGUGAAAGAUGCCUGUUUCUCCUGGAUUUUCUUUUUGUCAGUUUCAUCUGCAUGUCUGCGAGCAUCCGACUCCUCCUUGUGUGAAAUAACAUGUACCUGAUUUUAGUUUUCUUUCAUUUCAACAAGAUCUUUCAGAAGCUGACUGCAGUGCCCAUCUCUUCAUGGCAGCUGGUUUAAGAAUAAUGCCCACCAGUCCUCCAGGGCCAAGGCCAUAUCUCAUAAAUUUGGUCUAUAUGAACAUAUCAGACCACAUCCCGUUCCAGAUGCCUGCUUGAUGCAGCAUUACAUGUUCUCCUUUGGUGAAAGAAUUAAGAACCUCCCUUGACAGUUUGUUCAUGGAUUCCAAGUAGUAUAAGCCAUACCGAGCGUAGUUAAUGUGACCAGCAGCAAAGAAAAAAAAUUAGUUAUGUAAAAUGGAAAUGUUUAGAAUAUAAUUUGGUAUAUAAUAUGAUUUUGAGCUUAUUCAAAUUCAAAUUUCUUGCAUUUGGGUCUAAAGUUUAACUUCCAAAAAACAUUCAAAUAGAUUUUAUGAAUAUAUAUUAUAUUAUAUGAUCAAUGUUUUUUAUUUCAUUCUAAAUAAACAAACAAAAUAAUUAUAAGAUUUCAUAAAAAUCAUUCAGUAUAAUUAUGAUGACCAGUUAUUACCUGCUCAUCAGAGCAUGAAAAUUGGUCCUUGCAUCAUGAUCCUACCAAGUUUUACCUUUUAAAAUGACCGUUUAGCCAGAAUAUGGUCAAUAAAAGAAAAAUUACAAAAUACGGCGGCCAUCUUGAGUAUCUCAAAACCCUCAAGGAUGCCAGAGUGGCAUCAUUCAGAUUUGAAUUCAGCACCAUCAAAAUAGGGGAAAUCAGACCACGAAGCAAGGUCAUGCAAAAGAUCUUAGUUAGGCACCUGGACUAAUACGAUAAUGGGGUGGCAAAAGAGCUGCCUAAACCCUAUGUAUCAAAACGCCAGUUUGAUUAAUGAAUGGAAAAAUAAGGAAGUAAAUGUACUAGAGUUGCAGUUGAAAAAUAACUAUAAAAAAAUACAUUAUUAUACUGAAGUAAAAACAUUGUGUAAACGGAAUGUGUGUACUGUGUUUAGAAUCCGUGACGUGUCUUAUCUAGAAUAUAAAACGUUUGAAAUCGUUAAGUUUUACAUUAGUUUGAUUAACAGCGGCAUCGAAAAGAACAGGAUAAUUUUUGAUGAAGCAUCGUGUGAUAGCCAUAUUUUUCUGUUGAAAACAACUAUUCAAAGCAAUAUUUCCACGGUCAAUAUUAUUUACGUGCUGAGAAUAAGUUUGAUGUAUGAAAUGAAUCUCAAGGCCAUUUACGUUUACUGUUCAAAGGGUGAAAAUGCGUACUGAUCGACAUUUUGCCUUUUGGUUAUCAGAGCACAUCUGGUUAGAUCAUCGCCAUAGCGCAGGGCAGGAAGGAAGCUGUUAUUGACAGGGUUUUCUUAUGACUAUCCCCGUGUCAAGAUAUUGAUUCCCGUAAAAUAGACAGGCGCUAAUGUAGUUCUUUACGGGUAAUAACACGAAAAUCAUUUGAUUAAAAGUUGAAAAACAAAUGCAACUGAAGUUUUAUAUUUUUAAAUUGAUUACUCUAGGCUUAUCUCUAUUGAAAUUCAUGUGAAUUACAAGACCGAGAGAUGCCGUGAGCACACUUGCUCCCUCAAACACUGCAGACCAAGCAGAGUUGCCACGAACCUCCGGAGGGAGUCUCUCUCUCUCUCUCUCUCUCUCUCUCUCUCUCUCUCUCUCUCUCUCUCUCUCUCUCUCUCUCUCUCUCUCUCUCUCAUCCCAGGGAGAACAGCUCUGUAUGAAUAAUAAUAAUGUAAAUAAAAGAGAGGGGUCAUUAUUUAGUCUCUUCAGACAUGAUUUGAAAGUUCUAGCGCCAGAGGUUUUCCAAAUAGCACAAAUUGCGCCUUAGUUCAUAAUUACACAAAACAGCCGGGAAUGCAUAAUGGCACGUACAUUAUGCCUGUUUGUAUAAUUUUAAAUAAUCUCAUAUUGUGAGGGCGAGACCUGAAAGGAAAAUCACUUGGUUGUUGAAUAUCGCCAUCAAUACAGAUUCGCCUUUUACAUACACACACACAAACAUAUAUAUAUAAACAUACACGCACACAUAUAUGUCCUCAUCAUCAGGCUGAAAGAAAGAUGGAGACUAUUUCUUCAGCGAUACACCUGAAUAAUGUUUAUAUAUACAAAUACAAAUAACCCCCACGCCUUUUUAUAUAGAUAAUAAACAUGCCGAUUUUUAGUGUUAACAUAACAAUACAAGGACACAAAGGACAACUUUUAUCAGUCUUCAGAAAUCAAGUACAAACAAACGAUGAUCUUUGAAUACUUAUGUUUUAUCUUCCUGUAAGUAAAUAAAAAAAAAUAUUUCGAUAUGCGAGUGUGAUUAAAGGUCUUUUAACAAUGUUUUGCAUUUAAAUUACGUGGGUAGGUUAAUAUUCGAAAUUUCACGAAGCAUUGUUAUCCACGAGGCUGUCUGUUGGGGUAGGUAGGUGUCAGGAGCAGCAGCUGUGACAUGGGCUGGAAGGCGGGAAAUUGCAGCUAAUGCAAGGCAAAGUAUUGCGGUUUUAUUUUCAGAAUACUUUGCUCAUCUAUAUAUUUUUUCUUGGACUUACAAAUCAUUUUAAUACCUCAGUGAUUGGGAAGUUUCAGGAGUAUUUUACCAAAGAACAUAUCUAUCGAGGAAAAGAUUGAAAUCUCGUCACCUUGUGUGUAUUGAUGACAUAUAUACGGAAUAAAGGUUAGCUUAGAUUGAUUUUUUAAAGGCAUCGGGACGAUAUUUGAAUAGGACCAAUAGAUACGGGUUUCAGUAAGAAUGUAAUUUUGACUGAUAGGAAAUGAGUAUGCUUCAUGGGCCAGUUAAAUCAAUUAUCUGCCAAAUCAAUAUUAGAGGAAUAUCGUUCUUUUAUCAUUGCUUCCUGCUCUAGUGGUCAACACCACUAAAGGUCAUUUUACAAGUUUAAACUUUGGUUCCUUAAUGAAGUAUUUCAUACUCGUGCAAUGAAAUUGUAGCUACAUAGAAGAUCUGAACAGUGUGUGGGCAUUGUGUAGGUGCAGCUAGGCAGGGCUAUGCGAAUGAGACAAAACGGUGAUUAAAAGUUCAUCAUUCGUUUGUGUUUGAUAUGAAUAGACUUUUCGAUACAACAUCGUCUUUCUUAUCUUGCGCUUUCAUGGACAUAUUAUCAAUCCAAAUCGGAGCAUGAAUGAUUUAUGGAAAAGAUAAGUAUAUCUUAGCUUUACCAGACCACUGAGCUGAUUAACAGCUCUCCUAGGGCUGGCCCGAAGGAUUAGAUAUUUUUACGUGGCUAGGAACCGAUUGGUUACUUAGCAAAGGGACCUACAGCUUAUUGUGGGAUCCGAACCACGUCGAGAAAUGAAUUUCUAUCACCAGAAAUAAUUUCCUCUGAUUUCACGUAACAUGUGAGGUUUCUUGUAUAUGCAAAUAUAAACAUUCAUGGUGUUAUUGAAAAAAAGUUUUAAUAUUGAUUACAAUAAGCCAACGAUAAAUAAAAAUUUGAUUUUCAGCCAGUCACAAGCUACACGUGUGAAGAUGUGCGCCAUUCAA